GGAUAUGGAUGCGACCUUUUCAAAACUUCAACUCCACAGCAGACAAUUAAGCAAAACUUGAAACGAAAAGUAGUCUGAAAGGAGCUUUUAGUCGUUGGUUUUCUGUUACACGAUAUAGACUUGUGAAAUAGAGAGGUCGUGAACAGAUGUAUAGUGUCUUUCCUUAACCGGCUUAGACGAAAAACCGGCAGAAAAUCUAUUUGUAAUCUUGUGUCUUCAAAGAUCGAGAGGGAUUCUGCGUGAAUCAAACGACUUGCUCGGAUGAACACAGUGUAUUUGGCGUAUGCUGUGCUUUUCUUCUGUAUGAGAGGAAGCCGCCAGAAUUUCAAAAUUGAACAUCGCAUCAAGAGUUUUUUCCUUGCUUGAUUUGGCUCAGUAUUCUACUGUGUACUACUGUGAUACGCGAGAAUUAAGUGUGCUGUUGAUUUUAUCUUCUGCUUAGAAGACAUCUGUUGGAGGAAACAGCGACUGUUCAAGUGAACCUAAACGAGUUCGACAAAGAAAAAUCUGGACUGAAUUCAAGUAACCAGGAUUUUUGACUGCCCAUUACAUUUGGUGUGAUUAAACUGGAGACAAGAGGCUGGUAUAAUCCACAACGACAACGCUUGAUCUAAUCUGGGCUAUUUACACACCGCCAUUUUGUUAGCCGCGAAAUGUAAAUACGCUAACUUGUUAUGUACGAGUUGUGCAGACGGAUAGUGAAUUAUAGUCUUUCAUUUCCUCGUUGGAAUGCAAGAAUUUUCGUGCAUUGAAUUCAAAGCUCCUAUAAUCACGUAUGGCUUCGUUCUGCGAGGAAGCAAUUCUUAAGCUGACUGUUUUUCCAAGAAGAGAUUUAAUACCAACCGGUUGAACAACAUUUUUCAUUUCGUCGACAUAUUUGAAGCAAGAUGACCACGGCUUUUGGUGAAAGUAACUUGAACAAUAAUUUACAGUUUAUAAACUGCCUUCAAAAGCCCCUAGAACAGCGAACACAAGCGGAUGUGGAGACAAUUUUUUGUUAUUUGUGGGGGAUGCAGGCAGUGGCUGGUCUGACAGAGUCAGCUGUAAGGACUAUGUCAGAGACAGCAAGAUAUGAGGCAGAAGAUUCUAACUAUUUACUUUACAUGGCAGAUGAUAUAGCAUCUUGCUGGUAUAUUUUGUUGUCUGGUUGUGUUUUUCUGGAGGGAUGCAUGUAUUUACCAGGAAGCAGUUUUGGCAAACAACCACGCAAUAGAAAGAGAGGCACAGACUGCCUUGUGUUGGAAUACUCUGAACUGAUCGUGAUUGAUUUUCCAAACACGGAUCUGUUCGAGCCAUUUCAGCGACACUCGUAUUCCAAGAAUGAUUUAGAGCGUCUUCUUGCUCUGGAAACCCAGGAUUACAGGAUAGGAGGACCAAUACCCGAUGAUGAACAAUUGCCCAUGGAACUUCAGCACGUAAAGGAGAUUAUCAUAAGAAGCGAUAAAAACAUGAAGAGGAGUGCGUCUGAAGAUUCGUCCUCCAUAAACAAUUAUGAUUUGGAUCUUACAGGCUUGGUGGAAAGUAUUGUUGAUUCUGAUGAAGACGAUGAAGAAGAAGAAUCACAUUCUUCACGAGAGUCUUUAAUGGUGCGUGAUGUGGUGCGAGAUUGCCUGGAGAAAGAGCCGUCUGAUCGAACAGAAAGUGAUAUCCAGGCCCUUUUGGAUUUCAUGCAACAUUUGCCGGCGUUUGCCAACAUGACCAUGAACGUACGGCAAGAGCUAUGCGCUGUGAUGGUGUUCGCUGUUGUAGAAAAAGCGGGAUCCGUUGUGAUGGAAAAUGAAGAGGAGCUGGACUCCUGGUGUGUUAUACUCAACGGAUCAGUUGAAAUUAUUGUCCCUGGGGAAGAGAUCGUGACCCUGCAUCUUGGAGACAGUUUUGGUGUGGAACCCACACUGAAAAAAAUGCGCCAUAAGGGAAUUAUGAAGACACGUGCGGAUGAUUGUCAGUUUGUGUGUGUAGCGCAAGCGGAUUACUACAGAAUUCUCACUCAAGGAGAAAGAAGCAUUCAAUGUAUUGAGGAGGGCGGUGAGGUUGUCAUGAUCACGGAAUUUAGGAAGACUGACGGAGGCAGUCGACAGGGUCAAGUAGUCAUUAAGGCAACCGCCCAUAAGCUUAUUAGUCACGUAGUAGCGGACCACUCAGCGAUCGAUCCAACUUACGUAGAAGAUCUUUUGCUGACCUACAAAACCUUUAUUGAUCGCCCCUCAGAGAUCUGCGGUCAUUUACUAAACUGGUUCCUCGAAAAACGUUUUCGAGACAAGGUAACGCGCGCCAUGUUGUUGUGGGUUAAUAACCAUUACGGAGAUUUUGAAAGUGAUACUGUUAUGGAAGGAUAUCUGGAGACCUUUGAAAAAGGUCUCGAGUUUCAGCAAAUGAGCGGUCAGCUUGGACUGUUGAACAUUGCUUGCGCGGCUAAAGCAAAAUCUCGUCGGAUUACAAUGGAUCGCCCGUCCAAGGACAAGCCUUUAGGUUUUACCAUUGCGGGCGGAAAAGAAUCUGGUUUUGGAAUAUUUGUAUCUAAGGUUGAAGAAGAUUGUAAAGCGUUAGAAGCAGGUCUCAGAAGAGGGGACCAGCUACUUGAAGUCAAUGGCACAAACUUCGAAAACAUUACAGCCACAGAGGCAAGGGACCGUCUGUCCUGCGCGAUCCAUGUGUCAAUGUUAGUCAAGCGGAACAUGCCAGCUUUUAAAGACAUGGAAACGACCCCGCAUAGAAAAGAGAACUUGAAAAUCACGCAAUCGAAGGACACAGUACAGCGAAGUUCGUCCGAUUGCAGCGAAAGGCAACGUACGUUGCAGUCUCGCCUCUCCGUUCCUGAAAUAUCGUCAGAUCCUUCCAAAAAGCCAAUCCAGCAUAUUCAUCCGACUUCAACGACCCUGAAGGUGAAGAAAGCUUUAAAUCGACUCAGUGCAUUUGGAACGCUAUCCAAGAACACUAAGCUCAUCUCCAAGAGUGAAAGGGACCUUCUCAGCGUGGAUCACGAGGGCACAAACGAUCUACACGUGAUGGCCAAGCACGGGGUGAAAAAGUCCCCGGCCAGCCUACCGAGAGGAUUUGGGUCCACAGAGUGCAUAAACACCAGUGAUCAAUCGCUUGAAAUGCCCGACAGGGUUAUUAAAGUUUUCAAAGCGGAUCAGACGUGUAGAUAUUUUAUGGUGUACAAGGAAACUACGGCACGAGAGGUUGUUAACCGAGCCGUUGAAGCGUUUGGAAUUCAGGGCUCUCCAAGAGAAUACGCGCUGUGCGAAGUAACAGUCGAGGACGGAGGGUUCGUGAAACAGCGAAGACUUCCCGACAUGCUGACGAAUCUUCCCGAUAGAAUCCACUUGAACGGAAGGUACUAUCUGAAGAACAACAGUGUCUCAAGUCAGCUUCUCCCUGACGAGGCCGCUCAGGAGCUGGCCAAGGAGUCUCAGUGUAGUUUGUUGCAACUUAAACCGAAAGAGGUGGCCAAAGAACUAACACUCCAGGAUUUUGAAGUUUUUAGAAGUAUUGAUCCUCGCGAGUACAUCUACAAGCUGUGGAACUUUGGUCCGAAACUCACAGAAAACUUACGAAAAUUUUCUGAGAUUGUAAAUAACGAGAUGUUUUGGGUUGUGACCGAAAUAUGCAGUGAAGCAAACUUAGUAAAGAGAAUGAAGUUAAUCAAAGCUUUUAUCAAAAUUGCAAGAUAUUGUAAAGAAUGCAAAAACUACAAUUCGUUAUUUGCUAUUGUGAGCGGUCUUGGCCACUCAACGGUACAACGUUUGAAGAAUACGUGGGACAAGUUACCCACAAAGCAUAGCAAGGCAUUCGAGGAUCUUCAGAGUCUGAUGGAUCCGUCAAGAAACAUGUCUAAAUACAGAAAUUUACUAAAUGGAGAACACGGAGAGCCUCCCUUGAUUCCGUUCUUUCCUGUCAUAACGAAGGAUCUGACGUUCAUUCAUCUAGGGAAUGAUAGUAUCGUGGACGGACUUGUUAAUUUUGAAAAGCUUCGACUCAUUGCAAGAGAAGUCCGCCAGAUUUCAAAAUUCAACUCCAUUCCCUACGACCCUGACACGAUGUUCGAAGACGAGCUGAACAGUCAAGGAGGACCUGGGCAACAGAAAAUGACGUCAACGGUGGUCGGCAUGGUAACAGGUAGCUCUACAUGGAGUCGGAGAUCGUUGCGUGACCAAAAUCCCAAAAAGAUGUACGAGGAGUCCAUGAUGUCACGCAGGGUAAAGCAAUACUUGUCGAACCUAACUGUCAUACAAGAUGAAGAAAAGUUACGAGAAAUGUCAAAUGUCUGCGAACCUCCACAAGGAUCCGCAGCUCCUCCCAGCGUACAGACACGAAAGAAGAACUCGCCCACGUCCUCUCCAGGCGCGAACAAGAAAGAUCGUAAAGCUGGAAAACCAAGUGAGUUGACGGUUCCUUCGCCAUUAGCUCUAAGAAAAGACAUAGCGGGUGACAGAAUCUCGGUGUCCUCUACAGCGAGUACAUCAUCGUUACCGGAUGUGCAGUCUCCAAAGCAAAUCAGUGAAGAGGAAGUGCAUGUCUUUCCUGAAGCAGACAGAACAUCUUUACCAGAAGAUACCGUCCAUAUGCAGGAACUCAGAAGACUGCAUAUCAAUGAUGAUCAUCAGAGACCACAAUACCGCCAUCCACCAGGUGUGGAGGUAGUCAGGCCGAUCAUGUAUACAGUACAAGCUCCUUCCACCGAUAGUGUUCCUUACAGCCCAACCCACUCAACUUCUUCACAAGAACAUCCAUAUCAUCCUGGAGUUACAUAUCACCAGUAUGUCAGCUACCACUAUCCAGAUCAGUACAACAGAGUAGAAUACGUAGAAAAUUAUGACGAAGAAGAGGGCCAAGUUUCCGCUGUUUAACAGAACAUGUGAGGUCUAUGAAGACUUCCUUCGCCGAUUCAUCCCUCCCAGAAAACGAAUAUUUUAUUAUGUUUCGAGUGAUUUAUUUUCAUGAGCUUUUGGUUUUUUUGGAGGCCUUUCCAAGCUUUCCUGUGCAAAGCUAGUUGAAUUUAUUGCGGAUUAUCCUAGACAAAAUAGGCAAGAAGAGUUUCUUUCCUUUUUAAUUCUCAAAAGGAAAGCCUCUAGUCGAAGACAAACAGCGUAUUUGUAUAACGAUAGGCAGAGCAGGCCGUCUGUCUAAAACUGCAUAGAUAUAUGAAAUCAUACAAUCAUUAUUUUUAACUACUUUGAAUCUCGCCAGAUCAUAUAUACUCAAUGAAAGGGAAAUAAUGAUGGUUGUAGCACGGCGCGGGCUUCUCUGGCAGUAUGAAUAGAAAUAUUUAAACCUUUGUAGUAGUCUAGGUAGGAUUAUGGAACGAAAAAAAAACUCAUUCAAUUAAACAUACAUUUUUAUUUUAAUCUCAAAAUAUUGAGAGAUGUACCUACUUCUGAGUCUACAAAUGUUUUUGUAUCAACUGUAAAUAAGUUAUAGGCUACAUUAUAAGUACAAAUUAUUAAACAUACUUUUGGUAAA